GGUAAAGAACGAUCGGAAAUGGCGGGUGAACUCGCCGCCUCCUCAGCUGCCGGCGGCAUUGUCGAAUCGUGUUUCGCCAGUUCGGGAAAUCUCCAUCACUAUAAAUGUGCUCUUCCCUUUCCUUCCAAAAUCCUUUCCUCCCAACAUCUUUAUUUGCUUCCUGCGACUGCUUUCCCCUCUCCGUGUGCGAAUUCUGACUCCCAGCUCCAUCAAUGGCGAAGGUCAAGAUCGGAAUCAACGGUUUCGGAAGAAUUGGGCGCUUGGUCGCCAGAGUAGCGUUACAGAGAGACGAUGUCGAGCUCGUCGCCGUCAACGAUCCUUUCAUCACCACUGACUACAUGACGUAUAUGUUCAAGUACGACAGUGUUCACGGGCAAUGGAAGAACCA